AAGUCAAUUAUGAAAAUCAAGUUAAAAAUAGCAGUGAUGAAUUCUUACUUAAUGGGGAUUUAGUUGAUGAUUUUUUAGUAGGAACACAAGAUGUUCAUCUAGCUGAUGAUCAAAGUGCGAAAUGGAAAUUGUCAUUUCUUUUUAGUGAUAAUUUAGAAUCACCAACAUAUAUCAAUAUUAUGUAA